GUGUCUUAUUUUAAUGUAACAUCUUUACUUGUGUUCUUUCAGACAUAACUACAUUAGGAAGUAUGUUAUUUUGAUGUAACAUUUUUACUUGUGUUCUUUCAUACAUAACUACAUUAGGAAAUGUGUUAUUCUGAUGUAACAUCUUUACUUGUGUUCUUUCAUACAUAACUACAUUAGGAAGUAUGUUAUUUUGAUGUAACAUCUUUACUUGUGUUCUUUCAGACAUAACUACAUUAGUAAGUAUGUUAUUUUGAUGUAACAUCUUUACUUGUGUUCUUUCAGACAUAACUACAUUAGGAAGUGUCUUAUUUUAAUGUAACAUCUAUACUUUUUUUAAUUUAGUAUGAAAGCCAGACUUUUGUUGCAUCUUACUUCAAAACUAGAAUUGAAGGGAACAGCAUGUUUUGUGACUAUUAUAACCCUCAACAACGAACGUAUUGUAAGAGACUAAGAAUUCUUUGUCCAGAACACUCCAAAGAUCCUAAGGUUGCCGAUGAUGAAGUUUGUGGUUGUCCUCUAUUGGUCAAUGUUUUUGAAAAGAGUGGAGAAUUUUGCAGAAUGGCCAAGAAGAAAUGUUUAAAACACUUUUGUUGGGAAAAACUUAGAAGAGCAGAGAUAGAUAUGGAACGUGUGCAACAGUGGCAAAAGAUUGUUGACUUGUUUGAGCAAGAACAGACCAUACGGAUGAAUAUGGCCAAUCGUGGUGGAGUUUUGGGUUUGAUGUUGCACCAAACAAUAUCACAUGACACUUUGUUUGAUGUCCAACCCCAAGUAACAUAACAGUGAAUGAUAUACCUAGAAGAACAGACCAUGUGGAUUAAUAUGGCCAAUUAUGGGUGUGAUACAGCUCCACACAAUAUCACAUGACACUUUGUUUGAUGUCCAACCCCAAGUAACAUAACAGUGAAUGAUAUACCUAGAAGAACAGACCAUGUGGAUUAAUAUGGCCAAUUAUGGGUGUGAUACAGCUCCACACAAUAUCAAAUGACACUUUGUUUGAUGUCCAUACCCAAAUAAUGGAGACCAACAACAGACAAUCUGGCCAGUAGUAGUGCAGUAGCACUGUCUGAUCCCAAGUAACCUAACAAUUAAUGAUCAGGACUGAUCAACAAGAGUCAACAUUGGUCAAGCCUUGUUAAAUCUAGAUAUAUAUUUUAAAAAUUGUAUGUAGAGAUGUAUGUAUUGUGUACAAGAAAAGAAAGAAUUUUUUGUGUAA